UAGAUUUGACAUUCCACUCUUCUGCAAUGGUUAAUUCACACAGAAAACUAACAUUUAAUGUUUACGUAGGAUUUUACUGUACAGCAAUCAUCUUACCUAAAAUAUGCAUUUGCUCUCGGUUCUCAAUGCCAUCUAGUGAUCAGUUCAAUCAGGACCCUGGGGCUUUCCCAGCGGCCACCAAUGGAGAACCAUUUCCUUGGCAUGAGCUAAGGCUCCCCAACACGGUCAUUCCCCUCCACUAUGACCUUUUUGUUCAUCCAAACCUCACCUCCCUGGACUUCGUUGCAUCUGAGAAGAUUGAAGUCUUAGUCAGAGAUGCCACCCAAUUUAUCAUCUUACACAGCAAAGAUCAUGAAAUCAUGAAUGCCACCCUUCAUUCAGAGGAAGAUUUGAGAUACAGGAAACCGGGGAGACAGCUGGAUGUUUUGAGUUAUCCUGCUCACGAGCAAAUUGCUCUGCUGGUUCCAGAGAAACUUAUGGCUGACCUGAAAUACUAUGUGGCCAUUGACUUUCAGGGCAAGUUAGCUGAUGGCUUUGAAGGGUUUUAUAAAAGCACGUACAGAACUCUUGGUGGUGAAAUAAGAACAAUCGCAGUGACAGAUUUUGAGCCAACAGAGGCACGAAUGGCUUUCCCUUGCUUUGAUGAACCAUUGUUCAAAGCCAACUUUUCAAUCAAGAUAAGAAGAGAGAGCAGACACAUCGCACUAUCCAACAUGCCAAAGGUGUCCAUCUAUGCAUCCCCAGACAAAUGGAGUCAAACUCAUUAUGCUUUGGAGGCAUCAUUGAAGCUACUUGAUUUUUAUGAAAGUUACUUUGAUAUCUACUAUCCACUCCCAAAACUGGAUCUAGUUGCGAUUCCUGACUUUGGAACUGGAGCCAUGGAAAAUUGGGGCCUCAUCACAUAUAGAGAGACAUCACUGCUCUUUGAUCCAAAGACCUCUUCUGCUUUUGAUAAACUAUGGGUCACCAGAGUCAUAGCCCAUGAAUUAGCACACCAGUGGUUUGGCAACCUGGUUACAAUGGAAUGGUGGAAUGACAUUUGGCUCAAUGAGGGUUUUGCAAAGUACAUGGAACUUAUCUCUAUUAAUGCUACAUAUCCAGAGCUACAAUUCGAUGACUAUUUUUUGGAAGUGUGUUUUGAAGUCAUUAAAAGAGAUUCACUAAAUUCAUCCCAUCCUAUCUCCAAUCAAGCAAAAACCCCUACUGAAAUACAGGAAAUGUUUGACACAAUUUCCUACAACAAGGGAGCUUGUAUUUUAAAUAUGUUCAAGGAUUUCUUGAGUGAGGAGAAAUUUCGGAAAGGAAUUAUUCACUACUUAAAGAAGUUCAGCUAUGGAAAUGCUAAGAAUGAUGAUUUGUGGAACAGCAUGUCAAAUGGUUGUUUAGAAGGUGAUUUUACAUCUGGUGGAUUUUGUUAUUCCGAUUCCAAGAGGACACGCAGCACACUCACCUUUCAGGGGGAAGGUGUGGAGGUCAAAGAGAUGAUGGCUACGUGGACUCUGCAGAAAGGAAUCCCCCUCGUGGUGGUUGAACGAGAAGGACGCGCGCUCAGACUGCGACAGGAGCGCUUCCUGAGCGGGGUGUUCAAAGAGGACCCUGGAUGGAGGGCCCUGCAGGAAAGGUACCUUUGGCACAUCCCAUUGACCUACACCACGAGUUCCUCUAAUGUGAUUCACAGACACAUUUUAAAAUCAAAGACAGAUGUUCUGGAUUUACCUGAAGAUACCAGCUGGGUGAAAUUCAAUGUGAACUCAAAUGGCUACUAUAUUGUUCAUUAUGAGGGGCAGGGAUGGGACCAACUCAUUCAACAGCUGAAUCAGAACCACACACUCCUCAGACCUAAGGACAGAACAAGUCUGAUCCACGAUGCGUUUCAGCUAGUAAGUGCAGGAAGGUUGACCCUAGAUAAAGCUCUCGACCUGACCCGCUAUCUCCAACAUGAAACAAGCAGCCUUGCACUCCUCAAAGGUCUGGGAUACUUAGAAUUGUUUUACCACACGAUGGACAGAAGGAAUAUCUCAGAUGUCACUGAAAACCUCAAGCGUUACCUUCUCCGGUAUUUCAAGCCAGUGAUUGACACGCAAAGCUGGAGCGACGAGGGCUCCGUCUGGGACAGCAUGCUCCGCUCCACCCUGUUGAAGCUGGCCUGUGACCUGAACCAUGCUCCUUGCAUUCAGAAGGCAACUGACCUCUUCUCUCAGUGGAUGGAAUCCAGUGGGAAAUUAAAUAUCCCAACAGAUGUUUUAAAGAUUGUGUAUUCCGUGGGUGCUCAGACAACACCAGGAUGGAAUUAUCUUUUGGAGCAAUAUGAACUGUCAAUGUCAGGUGCUGAAAAAAACAAAAUUCUGUAUGCAUUGUCAACCAGCAAACACCAGGAAAAGUUAAUGAAAUUAAUUGAACUAGGAAUGGAAGGAAAGAUUAUCAAGACACAGGACUUGGCAUCUCUUCUUCAUGCAAUUGCUAGAAGUCCAAAGGGACAGAAAUUAGCCUGGAAUUUUGUAAGAGAAAAUUGGACCCAUAUCCUAAAAAAAUUUGGCUUGGGCUCAUUUGAUGUGAGAAUAAUCAUCUCUGGCACAACAUCUCACUUUUCUUCCAAGGAUGAGUUACAAGAGGUGAAACUAUUCUUUGACUCUCUUAAAGCUCAAGGAUUACAUCUGGAUAUUUUUCAAACUGUUCUGGAAACCAUAUCCAAAAAUAUUAAGUGGCUGGAGAAGAAUCUUCCCACUCUAAGGACUUGGCUACUGGCUAGGACGUAAAUGGUCAAUACAAACAGCGCAUCAGAUGCACAUUACAUCUGCGUGAAACUGGCAAAGCUCAAGUCAGAGUUCCAGAUAUUUUGUCUAAGAAGCCUCAAGAAAUCAGCCAGCACAGCUGCUUGUUCUAAGCUAUGUUCCCUCGUGGACCAGUGAAUGACAUUAAAGGUAGGGUAAGGCCAGUUCAGUAGCCUUUUUAAAAGUAAACUUUCUGAAUAAUGAAGAUAUGGGGAGAUACAGAUAUAGACAUAUAGAUAUUCCUGUAAUAGUUUAGCUGCAACACAAACUAUCUACAUUGCCUCACAUUGUGCCACUCUUUUGCUACUUUGCUGCUUUUUAACCUUGCCUAGUAUCCUGGAGUUUACCCAACCAGUUUACUUCCAGGGAAACACAGCCAAUCCAUGAAGUAAAUCUCUCAUUUGCAUCCUGCUAUCUCCCACUCUCCCUGUUCUUGAACUUAGCCUGAAUAGUUUAAUUAUUACCAUUUAUGGAAAAUCUGAAUCAAAUAUAAAGCAAAUAUCAGGAUAACAGAGACCCUGUCACCAAAUCUCAGAUUAUUAGAAACGAGAUGUCAGAGUUUAUCCAGGAGGCCAGGAGGGCCUCUUGGCUUGACCCUCAUUCACGAAGAGCCUCAGGAUAACCUUUUGAGGUCAUCUCCAAAGGAAGUAAAAUCUAUAGUCACAGAGAUAUAGGAGAGAAAGACUAUACCACAUCACUUUAAUCCAUACACUGUUGCAUUUUUUAUAAAUCUUUUGAAAGUUGCAGAAUUAGAUUAUAUUGUAUAUAUUUGGGUUAAAUAGUGGUUUAAUGUAAAUAUUUAAAUGCAUCAUAUUUUUGUAACCCAAUUUUAGUAUUUCUUCAUGUUUUAAGGGAACCUCUUGAUCUCUGAAAUGCUUCUCUUAAUUGUUUGAAUAAAAUAUUUGGAAUAAAAGUAACACCCCUUUACAUCCAGGCAGUACAUUUAAUAAAUUAAUGAUCCCACAUAUGAAUCAGUUUGAGGUAUAAAUAAGUUAUAAAAAGUUGUGAAUAAAUACACCAAUGAUUAAUUUGUCUGGGUUAUUAAGGGAAGCUGGGGUAAUGGGGCUGGGGUCAGUUGGGGGUAUUAUCCAACCCCUUUUGGAGUGAUAUCAUAAAGUCUAUAACCUUUCUCCAUCAGAGACAGAAUACAGUUUGGAUGAACCGUGGGCAUGACCCAAUACACGUUUUGUUAAGAUUGUUUUCAAAUAAUUUCUUAGAAUCUUUGAAGCAUCUUGACUAUAGAUUUGACCUGAGCAAAGAGCACAUCAGAUGCACAUUACAUCUGCAUGAAAUUGGCAAAGUUCAAGUCAGAGUUCCACCAAGGUUCAAGGUUCCACCACAAUCUGUAUAACAUCUUGGUGAUAUCCCUCUGGAAUUAUACAGACUUUUGCUUAAGGAAACUGAAAGAGUAAAGACAAAUGUUUUUUUCCACCGCGACAAUAUAUAAGUUAAGUAGUGAAAUGUAUAUGAGUUUUGGUAGAACUGUGCCAUCAACAUUUCCAUAAAUAAUUAAAGUUUCUUCUUUUGUACAAUACUUUAUAUAAUAAAAGGCUAAUAUGC